CUCUGCCAUAGACCCAGUAAUGUGAAGGCCCUCACUAAGACACAAGAUGCCGCUCUUGAGGUGAAAAGGGCGAAAGCUAGCGCAGUGGUUUCCUCGUUUGACAGCAGGGGCUUGUUUUACAGCACAAAACAACAAGGAUGAAGAUUUCAAGCGACGAUGCAGCAACAGAGAUAAUGGAGGAGACGUUUAACUGAAAGCCCCUCAGCUUUAUCUCGAUGUCCCGGUGUGCGCUACGAAAUUAAAGCCAGGCAGCUUGAAUAUCGACUGAACUGCAGAUGAAUGUCUGUGCCUUAAGUGUCCCUGGAUUUGUUGUUGUUAGCUGCUAAUGCUAACCAGAGAAGUUACGAGCUAGCUGGCCUAGCGAGCUAAUGGUUAAAGCGAGGAAAAGAUAAUUAGCCACAUAUGUUUGGUAAACUUAAUGCCGUCCGGCGAGUAAGCUCGGCGUUGUUUAGCUGAUGGAGCCAGCUAACCUUGGCUUCAGUAGUUCAAGAACUGCAGCUUUGGCUAAGCUUUUUAAGUACCAGCCGUAGUAGUUAGUUACCUAGCUUAUCCCGUUAGCCUCCACUAUCACUGGAAGAAUGAGUAGAAAACACCAUCAUAUAAAAGGAGCUGAAGUCAGCUGCUGUGUGAAGUACUUCUUAUUUGGAUUCAACAUUAUAUUCUGGUUACUAGGAGCAGCAUUCUUGGGCAUAGGCUUGUGGGCAUGGGCGGAGAAGGGCGUGCUGUCCAAUCUGUCAUCCAUCACAGAUCUGGGGGGCUUCGACCCCGUGUGGCUCUUCAUCGUUGUAGGAGGGGUCAUGUUCAUCCUGGGCUUUGCCGGCUGCAUUGGAGCACUCAGAGAGAACACCUUCCUACUCAAAUUUUUUUCUGUGUUCCUGGGUUUGAUCUUCUUCUUGGAGCUGACUGCAGGGAUCCUUGCCUUUGUCUUUAAAGACUGGAUCAAAGACCAGCUUAACUUUUUCAUCAACAAUAAUGUCAAGGCCUACCGCGAUGAUAUCGACUUGCAGAAUCUUAUUGACUUUGCCCAGGAAUAUUGGUCAUGCUGUGGAGCUCACGGGCCCGACGACUGGAACUUGAACAUCUACUUCAACUGCACUGAGCUGAACCCCAGCAGGGAGCGCUGUGGAGUCCCCUUUUCCUGUUGUGUCAAAGACCCUGCUGAGGAUGUCAUCAACACACAGUGUGGUUAUGAUGUUCGACUUCAAGGGGAACUGGAUCGGCAGAAAUAUAUCUAUACUAAGGGCUGUGUGGGACAAUUUGAGAAGUGGCUUCAGGACAACCUGAUCAUUGUAGCUGGAAUCUUUGUUGGUAUUGCACUUUUACAGAUUUUUGGUAUCUGUCUCGCUCAAAACCUGGUCAGUGAUGUCAAAGCUGUCAAAGCCAACUGGUGACAGGAGAGGUGAAGCGAGGGAGCCCUGCCCCUCAGGCCCACACCACGUCAACACAGCACACAAACAGUCCCAUCCAGCUGAGGAUGGAGAACCGUGAGCAUUCAACUCUGUCCACUUUGCCACUGAGCUAAGCAGCACAUACACACUCUUAACACUAGCAGACAAGCAGACACAAAGCGUUAACUUCCCUGUUUAUCAGUGACACUUGAAAGGGGGUGGGGGGGGGGGGUGUCCCACUCAAACCAAACAGUCAACUCUUUGUUUACCACUCAGCUGGGAUUUUAACCCAAAUAUACAGAGGACGGCCCUGCCUACAUCAGAGUUAGAUUCUGUUUUUCUGUUUCCUCUGAUUUUGUUCUUUGGACAAGUGUAUUUAUGGGGCGCAGUUGCACAAGGACUCCUGUCAGCUGGGAGAUUUGAGGCCGUGGAUGAAAGUAUGAGACGACAAGAAAUCACUAAGGAGGAGGGAACAACAAGUAUCAUUUUUUUAGGUCAAGUCUUACUUUGUCACAGAGCCUCUGACCCACCCAGCGAGGGGUUGAAUAGCUCCUCUAAAAAAAAAAGGGCCUGUUUUGAACAUGCUCGUUUCCCACUUCCUACUGUAGAGGAUGGUGGGCGGCUGGCUGGCCGGCCGGCUGGCCAACAAACACACUAAUCCCUCUGCGUAUCAUUGUUCUCCAUCAUGACUUUUUAUGACCACUGAAAAGACUCUGAAAAGAUACCAGCUGGUCAUGUCUACAACUUCAAACCAUUUCAGGAAAUUUAAAUCCUAACUCAAAAUGUUUUUUAAAAAAAGUGCCAUUAAUUUCCAGUGAUAUGUUUGUCUCCUUCCUGUUCUUUACAUGGAAUUCUCUGCACCCCGCCCCACAAUACCUCAGGGCCUGGCCGAAAAUAUAUGCUGUCUGCCACCGGUUUAAAGCAUAUCUUUUUUUUUUUCCAUCCAUGUCUGUUAAAUUUAGGCUAACUUAAUGCAGAAAAACACUGACAGUUCUUUGAAAGUUGCCCUGUUUUCCCUGCAGUAAUUGUAUUAUCUGUUGAUUCACUGAAGGAUAUUGAAUUAUAUUAUGUGGAAUGGCCUGGUGUGGUUAGGAACGUAGGUUCAUGCUAAAGAGGGAAAAGGGUUUAAUGAUAGAGUUUGUUGUUUAUCUCUGAGCAUCCCUCAGGCACAUGGGAUUGCUGGUUUGGGGCCUUUUUACUUGACUUAUGUUACCGCAUUUGUCUUACGCUUAUAUGUCGUCCUUUGCAUUAUGAAAUGACUUUGUCUGUUCUUAAAGAUGUCUUUUAUUCAUCCUUUAUCUCCUGUCUUUUCAUAGACACAGAUUUAUAUCCUGGGGUAAUUUUUUGACUUCAGCAGGCACCUGUUUUUACCUCUGACCCAUCAGUCAACUGCAAAAUAUCUUCUUAUUGUUGAUGUUGUUAGCAGUCCUAAUGGAGACCAAAUGAUAUCAGCUGGCCACAAGCUAACUGCCAAGGUUUUAUCUGGCUACAAUUCAGAUUUUAUUAGGAAUGCCAACAAUAACAAAAAGCAUUUCUAGAUAGCCAAAAUGUGAAUUUAUUGUCCCUUUAUGUGGGAAGUGCCAGUUGAAAUGAGAAAUCAAACAAAAAUUAAAAAAGGUCUAAGUAUCGCUUUUAACUUUAAUUCAAUGUUGUGUCUUUUGUUCGGACUGUUUUUUUUUUUUUAAAUAGAAUAGUAAAUACAUGCUGUUAUCUUUGAUAUUAGCAACAGUGUCUAUAACAUGAAUGCUGCUUUAACUUUGACUAGAUUAUUGAUAUGUAGUGCAGUAACCAAGCUAAUAACAAGUGUCACAUGAUGGCAUUUGAACAAAAUGCCAUGUUGUUAUUGUUUCCAGGCUGAGGAAAUUCAGAUUAUUUCUUUCUCCAGUUUACACUUUGUACUCAGCUUAUGAUGCCCUUUGUUGUUCAUUACAGAAAAAAACUCAAAUUACAAAUUCACAGCUUUUCAUCCUGUCCAUCCACACAGUGUGUAGUUAUAACUGGGUUCACUUGAUCAUUUUAUACAUUAUUCUCAGCAUUAUUACAUUAUUUUCUGGUUGUAGCAGUGUCACUCACAUACAUAGCACAGGCAGUAUUUUGGUGUGAUUUACUUGAGCACACACAGAUCCAUAUACACAGAUGUAGAAAAAAGCUUGUUUUGAAUUGCAAUGCACACACACACAAGUUGAAAGAUGAGUAGCAUUAAUAUUCUGUGAACAGUACAACAAAACUUUUCCUGCUUCACUGAGUCUGUCUCUAGAAUAUAUAUAUAUAUAUAUAUGUAUAUAUAUAUAUAUAUAUAUAUAUAUAUAGGAGUUCGCUCAGUAACAGCACCUCAUGAUUGCCUGCUGCGUGUACAUGUCACAUGUUGCUUUCACCCACUCGCUUCCUGUUACCGCACUACCUGAUCUGACUGCACCUGUUUUCGGAGCCUGUCAUUUUGAUGUAUUUUUAAACACAGGGCUCCUCUGCAAAAAGAGAAACACAAAACAAAACAGCAGCCAUUUGAAUUUAGGCGUCAAGAAUGCACAAAGAGAAUAGAUCCAGUAGAGCUCGGUGCAUCUGUGCUGGAAUGACUGAGCCUUAAUGACGUGUCUAAGAUGAAAUGGAUGAGUUUCCAUAGGAGAAGCUCAUUCAUUUCAGCACUUCAGGUGUAAUCAGUGAGUAAGAGCCUCCAGCAAUAUGAGAGAACUAAUUUUUUUUUCCUCUUUUCCUUCAGAUCAAAUGUAGAAACAGCUCCAGGAUAAAACACAACAUACAGCUCUAGCAAAUUCUCACCCAAAGUUGCAAUGUUUGCCUGAUGUGACAUGAUUUCCUCUUUUUUUCUGGCUUCAUUCUGUUAUGGUAAAUGUGUGUGGGCUUCUUUGAUUUCACUAACUGUUGUAAAUCAAUCUGUCCCACUCCGGUCUAGAAGAUGAGGAUGAAACCAGUGGAGUUUUUUUACCACCUCACCUUCCUGGUUUGAUCUUUUGAAAAGUGGGUUGAAACAGAUAAUGUGUGAUUAAUUAGUUCAACAAAUCUUUGAAGUUUUUUCUUUUUUUUUUUUUAAAUCACCCCUAAUUGGAAGUGUUUGCUCAGGGUCUUAAACACCCCUUCCCCUCUUUAAAAAAAAAAAAAAAACCCUCUGCUUAUGCAUGCGAGGAGAUUCUGUGUUAUAUAUGGUAAAAUAGAGGGGCUGCUGCCUUUUGAGUGAUGCUGAGGAUCUGGCUGAAGGCAGAUGGAGGCCACGGGUGUCAGUUUUGCUGCAGCACAGAGCUGCAGCUCUUAGACAAAAAGCACUCCCGCUCUCUGUCUCUCUGUCUCUCUCUCUCUGUCUCUCUCUGUCUCUCUCUCUCUCUCUGCAGCCACCGCCAUGUCUGGAUGGAUCUGCCAAUAAUCAGACAGUCACCUUGGUAAUGAGGACUAUAGUGCCAUAAUAAUCUGUAGUAGCCGCAUGGCAGGACUUUUAUAUGUAGACUCUACAAAGGUGUGUUUGUUUUAACAGCUUUGCGUAGCUCCGGUUUUGUAUUCCUCUUAUAUGGGGGGACAAUACCAAUUAUGCUUUGUCCUUUAUCAUAAUGGCCUUGCAUCAUGAAACACCCUCUUAAUUUCUCUGCUUUCUCUCUGGACAGUUAAAUCAUUCCCAAGGAGGAGCCUUAUGCAUACCAUGAAUGUAUAAGUCUGUAUCAGCAUGGACCUACUGCUCCACGCUCAGUUAGAAGUUAUCUUUACCCUUAUGCAGUGCAAUGCACAACACAAAUGAAGUGUAGGAAUGUGAAUAAAGAGUUGUCUUUAGCAAUGUUCUAGAUGUUAUUCUGCGUCUUACAUUUUUAAAAUUUAUGUUUUAGUGAGCAUGAGAGCAAGUGAGCAUUCCAUUUCUUCUGUUUCCAGCCGUGUGUGCAGACCGAUGUGGACAUUUUAUAUGCAGUCACAAAGAAUUUUAAUCACAAGAUACAACCAGUGAAAUAGUGGUCUGGUUUUUAAUAUCUCCUCAGUAGCUGUAAAUAUAGAUCAUUUAUAAAUAUCAUUAAAAAUCAUCACCUCUCUUUUAGUUUUGAUAAUCCUCCAUUGAUAUAAAACUUCUUUUGCUACACUUACAUUCAUAAAAGAUUUGACUGAACUUUUAAAUUUUAUCUAUGUGAUGCAAAGUGAUAAUCUGUCCUGUCAUCCUUCUCCAAGCUUUUAAGUCUGUCUCGAGGCAUUUUCUGUUGAUAUUUCUCUCAAAAGUGAUCAGCACAUCAGACAUUCACAAAUCUUACCUCAUCGCGUGCAGACGCUGGUCACAUCAGAGCACAAAGAAGCAGCAUAAUUAACUUGCUUGUGAUUAUAUUAACAGCAUAAUCACAGUUGUUAGUGCUGACAUUUUCAUUCCAGGUCAUGACAUUUGAUCAAAGUGUUAAUCUGAGUGGAAUGAAAAAGUAUUUUGUUAAGUUGUUGAUGGGUUCUUUUAUGGAUACAGUAGUGAUCUAAUGGUCUUUUAUUCACAGAGAAACAGCUCUAAAUAUCUUUGUUCAGUUGGGCAACAAAACCAUUUUUUCCUUAGUUUUACUUCCAUUUUGUCCAUCUUCAGUUGUGUUUCCAGAAUACGACAAACAAAACUAUACUGUUGAUCCAUCCUUUCAGUUUAGACCCGUCCUCCCUGAUGGGCAGCCUUGUAAAGAAAUGUAAAUGAAAACUGUGGGACAUGGUCUGUUACACUGUAUAUUGUGUUAAAAUAUGCCUUUCAUAUAUUAAAGGAUUUAAGAUAACAGA